GCUUCAACCACUCACUGCUUGCUGGCUGUUGCUGUUCUCCUCCCAGACUCCCCCCAUCUUCCCUCACUUACUCUCCCAUUCCCACUCUUCUUCUGCUUUGUGUCUCUCUCCCCAUCAUCUCCUUCUUCUAUUGCUGCCUGUCUUUUACAGCCUCUUUCUGCUUUCUCCAAUUUCCUCACCCUUGAUUCUCCGUCGCCCCCCCCGUCAUUAGAUUCUCCCCCAUGGCUUCUGUACGUCUUGCCUGAUCGCCUCUUCAGCUUUAGCUGUUGAUGCUCAACGUCACGGCUGCUUCCUCCCCUCUAUCCUUUUCUCCAUCCAUGCGUUUGGCGAUCCUCCGCACGCGCUCGC